UUUAAAUAUACAUUUCUGUACUUCAUAUAAGGAAUCUUUUGAAGCAAUACUCAGUAAGUCGACGGGUGGAUCACAAAUCCUGAAAUACUAUGCGCAAAAAAAGUGUCUCACUCCAAAGUAUAGGAAACUUCUAGCUGCAACAGUUGCAAAUUAUUUUAUUUCUGCUGAAGUACAUCCAAACCCUAAAACAUUUGAAGCUUUCGCCAAUAAAAUUGUGGAUUUAUUUACGAGUGAAUCUAAAGUCUGAUCACAACCUAAAAUUUUUAUUAAAAAAAAGUUUUCUAACCUCGAUUUCAUUUACACAGGAUAUAUAUUACAUUCAUAAGAAAGGAAAAAAGCCAGGUGGAUCUCUGUAUGCUAAGUACCACAGUGUAUUAUUGAAACUUAGACGGGAUGGUCUUAUUUCCAAAAGAGAUGUAGAACCAACAACAAAAGGAACGGAGAUUAAUUCUUGCGUAACAGAUUGCAUUCAAGAAAAAUCAUGGUUAAAGUAUAACGUUGAACCAUUCGAUGAAGUUCAACUAAAAUGGGAAGCGACUUUUGCUGUGCGACGACAAAUGCUACAAAAAGAUGCCAAUUUAAAUACAAUUUUAGAAGAAUGGCCUCAGUAUAAGCAGAGUUUUGGACAUUUAAUGAUAGAACUGGAUUUUAAGAAGCUGUACCCCGAAAAGCAAAAUUUGUUAUUUGAUAAAUGGGAGAGCUUCUGCCAAGCGAUUCCACCUUUGCUAGAAAUUUACAUUAAAGAUUCAAACAGCUUAACUACUUGGAGGCAGUUUAAAGAAGGAAGCAUCAAUGCUGAUGCAGAAGACUUAGUCAUUUUUUAUCUUCUACACUCUGUCUUAAUUCCAACUGGCCGAACAUAUAGAACAUGCAUACAGACAAAAAAAAAACACUUCAUCGAGUACACUAUUGCAGAUUCAAGAAAUAGUUUCUUACUGUGGGCACCGACAAGUAGUGAACUUCAGUCAAAAUUGAAAUUAAUGGUAGAUGCAAAUUAUAUGGAUAAAAGUACGAUUCAGCCAAUUAUAUGUUCCAUUGGAUUGGAUUAUUUUUAUUGCAAGGAAUAUUAUGUGUAUUUCGCCGAUAUAUUUUAUAAGUUCGAUAACCUAAUCAAGUGUAUUGAUGUGUGUUUUAAAACAUUCCAUGUACUUAACCUUGAGUAUCCGCCCGAAUGUAGGUCCAUACACCAAUUCAUAUAUUGUUAACAAUGAAAAACUCUUACGGCCAAAAAAGUU